AAUGUCUAGAGAUUAACGCAAGUAGUAAAAGAAAGAAUAGCUCCAGACCUAUUUCUAGUUUUGGUCUUAGUUAUAUCUGAGCUUUUGAUAGAAACACAAUGUCCACCGCAAAUUGGGAGUCCAACAAGGAGAUACAAUAUUUCCGUGAAUAUCUGCGCAUUCCAAGUGUGCAUCCCAAUCCGAAUUAUGAGCCUUGCGUUGAGUUUCUGAAGCGUCAGGCUAAAGAUUUGGAUCUACCUAUUAAGGUGUACCAUCCACUGAAUGUGGAAAAUCCUGUGGUGGUUCUGACCUGGGAGGGUCUUGAAAAAACAUUGCCCAGCGUUCUACUGAACUCCCACAUGGAUGUGGUUCCCGUAUUCCCCGAAAACUGGACUCAUUCACCAUUCGGAGCUGAGAUCGAUGAGGAGGGUCGUAUUUUUGCCAGGGGAUCACAGGAUAUGAAAUGUGUGGGAAUGCAGUAUUUGGCAGCCAUCAGGGCUUUAAAAAAAAGUGGAUUGCGAUGCAAGAGAACCAUUCACAUUUCAUUCGUGCCAGAUGAAGAAUUGGGUGGCUUUAAGGGAAUGGCUUAUUUUGUAACCUCAAAGGAGUUUAAAUCCCUAAACAUUGGGUUUUCCUUGGAUGAAGGAAUUGCUUCGCCCACUUCAGAGUUUCCAGUUUUCUAUGCGGAGCGUACUGUGAAACGUGUAAUAUUUAAAAUCAGUGGUUCAGCCGGACAUGGUUUGCUCUUGAUGCCAAAUACGGCGGGUGAGAAGUUGAGUUAUUUAACCAACAAGAUGAUGGAGUUCCGAGCGGGGCAAGUUAAACGUUUGAGAGAUAAUCCGGAAUUGCAGAUCGGCGAUGUGACCACCAUUAACUUGACCACUGUGAAUGGCGGAGUGCAGAGCAAUGUGGUGCCUCCUCUUCUCACCGUCUGCUUCGACAUUCGAUUGUCUUUGGAUAUUGAUGUCGAGGAGUUCGAAGCCAAUCUGGCCAAAUGGUGCGAGGAGGCAGGCGGCGGUAUUGAGCUUGGGUUCAAUGCAUCUUUAAGGAAAGGACACAUUCCACCCACUGUCACGAACGAGUCGAAUCUUUUCUGGGUGGCUUUCAAGAGGGCCACGGAUGAGUUAGGUCUGCUAACCAAACUCCAGGUAUUUCCCGGAGGCACUGAUAGUCGCUACAUUCGCCAUGCGGGAAUUCCAGCAUUGGGCUUCUCUCCAAUGAAUAAUACGCCAGUUUUGCUGCACGAUCACGAUGAAUUCCUCCAUGCAGAUACCUACUUGAGAGGUGUGGAAAUAUACCAGAAAAUCAUUGUCAACUUAGCCAACGUUUGAUAGCAUCGUCCCUGAAAUAAAGUACUUGAAAGGUGUGGAAAUAUAUCAGAAAAUCAUUAUCAACUUAGCCAACGUUUGAUAGCGUCGUCCCUGAAAUAAAGUAAUUUUGAGAGAUUGUUAAA